AUGCCUGCCAUCGACCAGGUGUUCGUCGAGGUCUCCCACCUCGUGGUGCGGCAGGUUCUCUCUUCGGCUUCGGGCUCCGCCACAUCUUUCGCACCAUCCAGUACCGACCCUACGUCGACUCUCAAUGAUGCCACGAGUGCAACUCCAACGACGACCGACAAUCCGACGUCUACCGGCAAUUCGGGCAAUGGAGGAGGAGGGGGCAGCGGCGGCGGUUCUACGAGCUCUCCUCUGCUCUUCUUCGUCGCCCUGGGCUUUGGAGUAGUCUUUACGAACUUAUGGAUCAUCGUUGGCGUCAAGUACUGCUUCCGGUACAAUGCUCGUAAUCGUGCUAUGCGUCUCAACGAAGAUGGCGAGCCCAUCAACUUGGAGAACAUGCCUCGCCCGCAUCGCCGGCGCCGCGAAAAGAAGUUGAUGACGAUGGAUGAGGUCAACGACAAAUUCCCCAUGACCAAGUACAAGACGUGGGUAUCUGAGCGUGCACGAGAGGGCCUGCCUACCGCCGGAGGUGUCUCUGCGCCGCCCAGUCGGGCAAACAGUCUCCGAUCUGUUGAUGGAAUUGUACCUGAGCUGCCCUCAAAGGAGCGUGAGUCGAUCGAAGAUCGCCCCGCUACCGCCGCCGGGAACAAAGCCGUUGUCGAGAAACCUGCCGAAGAUGCGGCGAAGAAGGAUGGAGACACCUCGACCGCGACUGCCAACGCCGAUACUACUCAGACCACCCCGACUUCUGCCACUCAUCUUCAGCGUGUUCACAGUGAGGAGGAGGACGAAGACGACGAACACAUCAAUGCCGCUGUCCCCCCUGAGCUGAUGGCGACCAGUGGUGACACUUGUGCUAUCUGCAUUGACACACUCGAGGAUGAUGAUGACAUUCGCGGACUCACAUGUGGUCACGCUUUCCACGCUGUUUGUGUCGAUCCUUGGCUCACCAGCCGAAGGGCUUGCUGCCCCUUGUGCAAGGCCGACUACUACACCCCCAAGCCCCGACCAACCCCUGGCGAAGGAGACCCUAACGCCACAGGCGAUAUGGCUCGCACGGCGUCUCGUACCAACAUGCCUAAUGCUCCUCCGGCUGCCUGGUAUAACUUGAGCGGCGCACGAUUUGGCCUGGGAGGACGAAACAAUAGCAACCGUCGGGGCAACAACCGAUCGGACCGCCGUCCUCGUACUCGUCAACAGGCUGCGCCUGCUUCAAACCAAAACACUUCGCAAGCCUCGCCUACUACUGCGGAGAACCAGGAAUCUCGUGGACUCCUCUCCAACAUUAGGCUGCCUGCCUUCCGCAACCCCCUCCGACGCGGCGGCGAUCAGCAAACGCCAUCCCCGACGGCAACUGGUGCUAAUGUGACACCGUCCCAAUUGGAGGCUGGUACGCAGACUGCACCAACCGCAAGCACCACC